AGACACAAACAGCAGUCUUUUUCAAACAGUGUUUGAAAAUUGCUAAUGUGAAUAUAGAGGGAAAUCAAUUAUCCUCGUUUGUGGGUUUCUGUUUAGUUUAAAAUAUUUUACUCCCGUAUACACUUGAUAAAAUAGUUUGUGCCUGGCAGUGCAAUUUUGUAAAACAAAAAAAAGUAAAAGUAGUUACAGAUGAUUAUUAUUAUUGUUGUUGUUGUUUAGAUUAGGCUGUUCAGACUGACUGGUAUAAACGUAAAUUGAGUCGUUUCGUUACGGAUAAGAGACCGAUACUUCUCAGCGUAUGCAACUAUGUGUGCUAUGAGUCAGAGAAACAGUCUUCUGCAAAAUAUGAUCAAUUGCACGUAAUAAAAUAUGCUGUGACAGGCAAAUCGAUCCGAUAUUCGUUUUAUUUCUUACAUGCGUCACGAAGGCUUGUUUAUGAACACUUACAGAUUCCACAGGACGGAGGAAGUUCCAGAUUUUCGCCUACUUUUUUCACGAAAAUACUAGGCAUUAUUUUCUGCAUGCUUCUUUGCUGUUUGUAUCGCGCAAAUGUAGAAUUUCAGCUUGCAACAUUGAUAUCCGGACUUCCUAGAAGGUUGAGAAUACCCUAGCACACCUGAAAGAAUCUUUCCUGAGAACAGGAUGCCCAUUUUUCACACGAAGGAUUGUCAUGUUGUUGUCAUAUCCAGUCACGUUGAAGCCGAUACCCUGGCUUCCUUCAAGAAACAGACUUAAUUGUUGGAUCAACUAACUACCUACCAAACAGCCUAAUGUCCCCAACUUGAUUAUAACCUUUUUAACUUCUUAUUUUUUUGUUUCAGAAUUAUUGUACAACUGCUAUUCCGUCCAGGUAGUCAAAUAAACUGUGGGACUCUCCUAAGAGCUGGAAGCAUUUGCUGUACCACACUACUGAUUUUUCAGAAGUAACAAGUUUGCUUGAGUUGUGUUGCAACUAAGGCAUUUCAUCAUAGACUCCAAGACCCACGGGGGAAAGUUGUAGAGUACAAAUAUAUUUUGCAAUAUAUUUGUUUUCUUAAGUGCAAAAAAAGAUAUAAGAAAUAUGAUCUGUCUGCAGGGUGUCUGACCUGUGCUCACUGCAUCUCAUAAAGCCCUAAUUUUUAAGGAUAAUGCCCUGCAUGACAGGAAUUAGCUGCUUGCCUACACUGGGGUGGGGGAUGGAAAAUAUUUGGGUGUUUAUGAGUAGUGGAGUUUUUCCCCCUGAAAACAGUCUUGAAAGCAUCAACUCUGCCCUGCCCUUGUGCACAAGAGUUUCAGUUCCUGCUGGGCUGUACUGUUUCAUGGUUCAGUUAGAACAUUGGUUCUGAUGGCUUCAUUCACGUUUUGUUCAGUUAAGUGAAGGCGAAUUCUACUAUAAUCUGUGAAAGUGAAAUCAUCCCUUCUAGCCUUGUUAAAGGGUUCAAACAGUUUUCCCAGUUUUUCAAUGGCCAGGUAUAAGUCAAUGAAUGGUAGUGUGUUUUGAAUAAAGCUGAAACAAAGGCUUUGUUUAGCACCUAUAACUGAAACAGGAGACUUCCUUCAUUACUCCCAGGUGGAGAUAAAGGCAAGGCAUCACAAACUUUCAUAACACAGAAGCAAAUUUUGCAGGGGAAUCCCAGGGCAGCUUCUAAGUAAUGAAGGUUGCAUUCGUUUGGAGAAAACAACAACAACAAUAGUUGCUUUUGAGUUUAAAUGAUGUCAGGGGAUGGCUAAGUGCCUGUAUACUGAGACUUAUCUGCACUCACGGGAGUGAAUUAGCAAAAUUAAUUUUCCCCUUCAGCACAUUCACUUCUCAGGUGAGGGAGCUUCAGCAAUCUUUUUGCCACCUUUGCACAGGGUCAUGGGUGCCCUCGUGCCACAGUGAUGCUGGCUGGCCCCAGAGACCAGGACCUGCGCCCACAGUGGGACCUCGCUGAGGCCACUCAAGUUCGGAUCUCGUGGGGCUCCUAUCAUUGGGCCUGGUAAGGACAAGACUCGACAGCGAGAGAUCUGGCCGCGAUACGUUUAAAGCCCAAGAAAAGGACACAGGACAUGGUUUGGACAGACACUGUCCUGACAUCAGGAGCUGCGUGAGAACGAGAAAAUCUCAUCCCUGGUUUGGUGGAGUUUUAGCUCCACAGUAGCCAUGGCCCCCCAAGAAUCCCAGAAUCCAUCCCACUGCCUCUUUGACCGCUUCACCAACGCACAGCGCUGCAAAGAUGUGCUGGCCUCCUUUGCCGAACUCUGUCGCCACCUAGAGGUUGACCCCCACGACUACCGCCACUUCUACUCCAAGCUGAAGGACAGGCUGAACUACUGGAAAGCCAAGGCAAUAUGGACCAAACUGGACAAGAGGGCAGAACACCCAGACUACCAGCAGGGACAGGCCUGUGUCAAGAACAGGUGUUUAGUGCUGGGGGCUGGACCCUGUGGCCUGCGCACGGCGAUUGAGCUGGCGUUCCUGGGCGCCAAGGUGGUUCUGAUUGAGAAGCGGGAUACCUUUUCCCGAAACAACGUGCUUCACCUCUGGCCUUACACCAUCCAUGACCUGCGGGGCCUGGCUGCCAAGAAGUUCUACGGCAAGUUCUGUUCUGGCACCCUGGACCACAUAAGUAUUCGUCAGCUGCAGCUCAUCCUACUAAAGGUGGCCCUGAUCCUCGGGGUGGAGGUGCAUACAUGUGUGGACUAUAAGGGCCUCAUCGAGCCCCACCUGAUAGACUCGCAGGGGGCCACAGCAGGCUGGCGAGCAGACGUGCUUCCGGCUUCCCACCCAGUCAGGCAGUUUCACUUUGAUGUCUUCAUCUCUGCAGGAGGUGGCCGCUUUGUCCCUAAAGGGUUCAAGAGGAAGGAGAUGCGCGGGAAGCUGGCGAUCGGUAUCACGGCCAACUUCGUCAACCACCACACUGCCGAAGAGGCACAGGUGUCUGAGAUCAGCGGCGUGGCACGGAUCUACAACCAGAAAUUCUUCCAGAGCCUCCACAAUGAGACGGGCAUCGAUCUAGAAAACAUCGUUUACUACAAAGACGAUACCCACUAUUUUGUCAUGACAGCCAAGAAGAAGAGCCUUCUGAGCAAAGGGGUCAUUAAGCAGGACCACAGCGAUGCUGAGAAGCUGCUCUCCCCUCAGAACGUGAACGCCGAGGCCCUGAGGCACUAUGCGUACGAGGCUGCACACUUCUCCACCAACCGACAGCUGCCCGGGCUGGAGUUCGCGCUGAACCAUGCCCGGCAGCCAGACGUCGCCAUGUUCGACUUCACCUGCAUGUUCCGGGCCGAGGCUGCCUCGCUGGUGCGGGAGAGGGGUGGCAGCAGGCUGCUGAUCUGCCUGGUGGGAGACUGCCUUGUCGAGCCUUUUUGGCCCCUAGGCACAGGCAUUGCCCGUGGGUUCCUGGCUGCCUUUGAUGCUGCUUGGAUGGUGAAACGCUGGGGAAAGGGAACCCCCCCUUUGGAAGUCCUGGCUGAACGGGAGAGUCUCUACCAGCUAUUAUCUCAGACCACCCCAGAGAACACCAGCAAGAACUACAGUGCUUACAGCAUCGACCCCACCACUCGCUACCCCAACAUCAACCUCGGCUCCAUUAAGCCCAGCCAGGUGCGACACCUGUGUGAUGUGGAAGAUCAGCUGGAUGGACACAGGGCCAGCAGGAAUCAGGAGAGGCCACAGCACACACGGCAGGACUCAGUAGGUGGGUACGAGGAGCUGCUGAUCUGGUGCCAGCAGCACACAGCUGGGUACAAGAAUGUAAAAGUGAUGGACCUGACGCUUUCCUGGAGGUCCGGGCUCGCUCUCUGUGCCCUCAUACACCACUUCCGACCUGAUCUCAUUGACUUUGCUUCACUGGGUGAAGCUAACAUCGCCUAUAACAACCAGCUGGCAUUCGACGUGGCGCAGAGAGAGCUUGGCAUCACGCCCAUCAUGUCCGGGACUGACAUGGCGGCCAAGAGCCAUCCCGACAAGCUGGCCAUGGUGCUCUACCUGACCGAGUUCUAUAACGCCUUCCGGGAGACAGCGACACCCCCAGAGGACAAUAAAAUCCUCCCAGCGACGAAGCCCAUCUCCCUCUCCAGCGCCAAGUCCGCCAUCUUGUUCCUGAGCAAACUCAAGCACAACUCGCUACAGAGACGCAAGCAGAAAAUGGCCGCUGAAAAAGAGGAGAAGGAGAACGCAAAGAUAACGGAGAAGAAAGCCAAACUCAGCCCAGUCAGUCCAGGAGGCCUUGGAUCCAGUGAGGUGUGCUAUUUCUGUGGUGACCGCGUCUACGUGCUGGAGCGGGUCAGCGCCGAGGGCAAGUUCUUCCAUCGCAGCUGCUUCUGCUGCAAACAGUGCGGCGUCACUCUGCGCCUGGGCAGCUACUCCUUCGACAACCAAACUGGCGAGUUCUUCUGUAUGCAGCACUCUGAGGAUUGGCCGCUGGACAGCGAACGAGAGCCUGCAGACACCCAGGAUUGUGUAGAUCACAGGCAGCCCGACUCACAGACUGUGGAUAGAAGCGAUAGAGAACAUCAAACUGAAAUAAUUUGCAUGCCUCCACGCAGAGAUUACGAUGUUACAAACCACCCUGAAAUCGUACAUUUCCCUGUAACAAAACCUCCUGUGGACUCCUUACCUGAGGACCAGUGUCCUGUAAGAGCUGGGGAAGGGGAGCAUGCUGACGCUGGUGGCAGUGUCACUGUCUCUGCUGUGGCUGUAAUGAGUUCUACAGAUGGGCCAAAGGAAGAUGGUUCUGCUACCCAGCGUCCUGUGCCUGCUGUCAGGACUUCACGGCUCAGGUCACAAGCCACUAUCACAGGGAGUGGGGGACUUGUUGAAGAAACUAGUUUAACCAGGACCGAUCUUGAUAGUACAGGUCCACCAGUACCAAAACCAAGAACCUUGGUACUGAGAAAGCCAGCCGUCCCCUCAUUAGAGGUAACCCACAACGAAAGGGAAAGCAUUCAAAACGAGGACAAAUGUAUUGAGGCCUGGGAGGCUGAUCACAGUGGUGAGGGUAGCAUUCCCAUGUUGAUUGAAUCCUGUGAGGUUGAUCAUGGAGGCCAAAGCUCCUCGAAAGAAACUACAAUGGAAAACCCUCCAGGGCCUCCCCUGUUUAAAGAUGGCCCAGAAUCGGAGAAUGCUGAGAGGCACGACGCACCCACCCUGAAGAAACUGCAGCUGACUGAGGAAGAGAAGAUGCGGUUAACCAGGCUGAGUUUCAGCGUCGACUUUGAGGACCAGAAUCCUUCUGAACCUCAACCAGGAGGUGAUUCCGAGGAUACUCCUGACCUCCUGGCACCAGAUCAGCCUGCAGGAGAAUCAGGCCAUUGGAGUGGGCUGGGGGGUGGCAUCAGGGAUCACUCCAACAGGAAGUCUUUCAGGAGAAAAGAGGAACAGACUGCACAGGCCCCAGUGGAAACCCAAGUCACUCCCAGCCCCCAAAGCACACCCAAGUUCUCCCAAAUCCAAGAAACUAUGGUCGGGGACAGAACCUUAGUUACCCAAGAAACUGACUUCUACCAGUCAGAAGAUGAUGAUGAGGAAGAUGAUGACGUAUGUACCGGUGAUGCUGAUUUUGACCCGCUGUAUGAUGAACGGUUUCAGAGAAUCCCUUCUGACCCUCUGGAGGCUGAGAAGCUGGAGCUGCUGAAGAUGAGAACCCUCGAGAGACACGCCAAGAUGUGUGAGCUGCAGAGGUUCCACAGGGCCCAGUCCAUACAGCGCCGCCUAGAGGAAAUUGAGGUGACGUUCAAAGAGCUGGAGGAGAAGGGUAUUGUCUUGGAGAGGACUCUGCGAGGAGAAAUUGGCUCUGAUGGGUCCCCAGAGAUACUGAAUAAGUGGAUCCAGCUGGUCCAUGAAAAGAAUGCACUGGUCUCAGAGGAGUCAGAUCUCAUGGUGGCGUCUCGGCAGCUGGAGCUGGAGGACAAGCAGAGCAGGCUUGAAAAGGAGUUUCGCAGUUACAUUGAGAUGAGUGACUCAGUGAAGACUCCGCAGCAGAAGGCCAAGGAGGAAAUGGUGCUGGAAGAGAUGCUAAAAGUCGUGGAUGAGAGGAAUGAGCUAGUCACCUUCCUGGAGGAGCAGAGGCUGAAGGAGAUCAAUGACUGUCUGCAUGGGCUGGCUGUGUUGGAUCCCAAAAGACCUACCUCAGGAGGCGCUCAGGUCCACUGGGCAUGAGUGCCUGGCGUGCAUGCACAAAGGUACUAAACACAACACAAGCCUCCUGGUCAUAGACACAGACCAGCUCUCAGGACUGCUGUGUCAAAAAAUGUCAUGCAAAAGCAGGCAUGAGACAAAAGCAGAAUCAACAAUAUGGCAGCUGGCCAGCUGGGCCAUGAGUCUUCUACAGACAGAGGUGCAGAUCAGCCACACCAACUGAAGCUGCUGAAUCUCCUGUGAGUGCUGAACUGUGGGGCUUGAGCUCUAGAAGACAUUACUGGUCUCAUCACACAUCACCCAGGCCAGGGACAGAAUGAGUAAAAUGCUGAAUAUAGGCUAAAUGUCUGGUGUGAAUGUGUGCAACAGAGAUGAAAAUUAUCUGCCUGAGUAGAUACACAGAACAGUAUAAACGUCACAAUUUGUGUGCUACUGGCAAAUUUCUAUGCAUCGGGAUAAAAAAGGGCAAAUUGAUCAGAAAUCAAGAGCUUAAAUUCAUAGACUGUUAAAGAACAAGUCAAAAUCCAAUCUUGGCUUCUUUGAAGGGAAAGGAAUGAAGAAUAGUGACUACUGGCAGUUGUGCUGAUUUACAGCAUAGCUAGAUGAGAAUAUCUGCAAAUGUACCCUGUAGGCCAGUGGUGUAUCAGACUCACUUUAUGGGGGCUCGUCUGUCUUUUGGUAUAUGUUCCAACCUGAGAAGUUAAUUAAACAAUUUACCUAAUCACUUUCCAAAUUGGACAUGCUGUAUAUAGGUUUUCCUUAAGGUAUUUAACAACAGAUUACACAAGACCUUCACGUCAUUAAAGGUAUGGUUACCUACAUAUAAAUUAGCUUCAGAGCCUAGUAAGAAGUAUUACAAUUAUGCAGUUAUUUAAUUAGACCUAACAUGAAACUGAGAAAACAGGUGGAACAAAACAGAAAUCGGUGAUUUAAUGGUGACCCAUAUAAGCUGAUGGAUUGUGGCUGUCCAGGACCAGAGUUGGAGAUCUGUGGUGUACAAACUCAGGAUUUGAGGACCCUGGCUUUAAAAGCUAUGUGUUUGCAUUACACAGAAUAAGAUCUUUUGUCAUUUCUUCUUUUAUAUAAAUAAAAAAUCUAUAUUUGUAUUAUUUUUA